UCUCAUCAAUCAAUUUUCUAUGUCAUUUGUAACAUCUAAAUCUCAAAAGACUAGGUAGUACUUGAUGAACAUUACAAAACGUUGUGUCUAGGUAUCAGACUCUUGCAAAUAUAGCAUAGUAUGAAAUACAUACCUAGGUGGUUUUUACACUGUCCGCCUAUCUCCAAAAUUUCAUACAAAGCUCAAUCUGAUGUUCUUGAAUCAUAUGUGCAAUCGAACGAAAACCUCAACAACCCACCGAACAUUGAAGGCGAUAGAAAUAGAAAAGGAUUUACCGAUUUAUUCACCUGAAACCAAUUACUAUUAAUUGAUAAGGAAGAAUACAAUCGCACCCGAUGAGUUCUUUCGGUAGCCCGGGUUCAGGUACUUACAGCGGGAAGCCCACCCCACCGCAGCGCGGUAGCUUCCCGUUAGAUCACGAUGGUGAAUGCACGGACGUAAUGAAGAAGUACCUGACGUGCCUUAAAAAUGGCAAGGGCAUAAAUAUUGAAGAGUGCCGUAGCCUGUCUAAGUCAUAUUUGUUAUGUCGUAUGGACCGGAAUCUCAUGGCGAAGGACGAUAUGAAGAAUUUGGGCUUUGCGGACUCGAAUCCGCCGUCUAAUACAGAAUCCCCGGGACGGUAAUAUUAUGUCGGCUGUCUUCAACCUAAAGAUAUCAAAUCCGAAUCCCGAUUCUGAAUACAGGUCAGGAAAUCGCUGGCGUAAUUGGAAGCACAAUUGAUGAACACUGAGAGAUCUUAACUUUCUAAGACCCAAAUCAACAUCGCACUCUAUGAUUAGGGGAAGAGUGAACGGCUAUACAACCACAACCCAAAUUCGAAAUGGUCGGGUACAUAUUAUAUAUAAUGAGAUUGUAAAUAAUUACCUGCAGAGCAUGGAAGCAUUAUAUUCCACGUCCUUAUUCCUACUCCGGGACCGAGGUAAACGAAGCAACCCCACAAAUUUAAGAUGUACAUAGACACUCCAAGUCUCCAACUACUACAUAG